AUGGCCUCCUGCCAAUACAUCGACUCCGUAGUCCUCUUUGGCGACAGCAUCACGCAGGCGUGGAGCGACGGCUCCCUCGCCCAACGCAUGAGCGAGUACUACCUGCGGCGGCUGGACGUGGUGAACCGCGGCUUCGGGGGCUACAACACGGACAACGCGCUGUCGGCGUUCGAGAGCGUGUGGGCGACGCGGGCGGAGCGCGAAGCCGGGUGCGCGCAGCCCGCGCGCCUCAUCACCAUCUGGUUCGGGGCGAACGACGCCGUCGUCGAAGGCGGGUGGCAGCACGUGCCACUCGACCGCUUCCGCGCCAACCUCGAGACGCUGGUCGAGCGCGUCCGCUCGCCCCACUCCAAAUGGUACUCGCCGCAGACGCGCGUCGUGCUCGUGUCGUGCCCGCCCGUUGUGACGGCCGACCGGCAUGCGGCGCAGAUGGCCAAGUGGCGCGAGUUUGGGAGCAAGGGUGCCGCGCCGUGGCCGGAUCGCGAUCCGGCGACGACGAAGAAGUACGCUAUGGCCACCGUCGAGCUCGGCAAGACGCUGGGCGUGCCCGUGCUCGAUGUGUACCACGGUAUUUGUGAGGCGGCGGGGAGCGAGAAGCAGGAGGAUCUCGCCCGGUUCUUGUACGACGGACUGCAUCUGAACUCGGAGGGGUAUGCGGUCGUGUUUGAGGGCCUCAAGCGCUUGAUUCUGCGCGAGUGGCCGGAGAUGGACCCCGAGUCGCUUCCCAUGCCCAUGCCAUACUGGGCGGACAUUGACAAAGCCGACCCCGAGGCCUCGUUCAAGACGGCCCUUGCGGAGGCCAGGGCGUACGAGGGCAAAGUGGGCAAGGACGAGCGCAAGAGGGAGGAGCUGUAG